CGUCAUUACACCAUAAGUGUCGGCUGUGUCAAGCGGCAUGACGUCAUUCGACGCCAAUCCGCUGUGGGAAUUCUACUCUCGGCAGCGCAGCGAUGGAGGCUAUUCUAAAUGACUUCAUAUCGGCCGAGGAUCUCAUGAAGUUUGAGAAGAAGUAUAAUGCAGAGAUGGCGAAGGGGCCGCUAUCGCCCGCCACGCAGUUUGAGUACGCGUGGUGCCUUGUACGCUCCCGGCACAGCGAAGACGUGAAGCGCGGAGUGCGACUCCUAGAGGAAUUGUGCCACAACGCGAAGGGAGAUGAGCUUCGGGAUUACCUCUUCUACAUCUCUAUCGGCUACUACCGGCUCAAGGAUUACGAGAAGGCGUUGAAGUUCGUGAAGACGCUCCUGCGCAAGGAGCCCACGAACCAGCAGGCGCUGCAGCUUGAGAAGCUCAUCAACAAGGCCAUGCAGAAAGACGGCCUGGUGGGCAUGGCGAUCGUGGGCGGGGUUGUGGUCGGCCUUGCCGGCCUUGCCAGCCUUGCGGCGCUCGCCAUUCACAAGGGCACGCGUUGAUCGUCACGGCGACGGGCCCCGACCUUACCCACAGUGCACUACGCCCCCCCCCCCACCGUGUCUCAUCCCCGUAGACCUCCCUAUAUAAUUAUUUGCCCUGCCGGCGCUUUCUCCGAUUUGCCAAAUAAAUUCCACGUUCUGCCAAGCCCCUCGUGCUUUUUCCCAAACACAUUCCACACUCUCAAGCCUCUCCACACACACACAUUCUCCUCCUCCACACACACAAAAUCUCCUCCUCCACACACACACAAAAUCUCCACCCUCUCCACACACACAAUCUCCACCCUCUCCACUCUCAACCCUCUACACACACACACAUUCUCCUCCUCCACACACACAAUCUCCACCCUCCACACACACAAUCUCCACCCUCCACACACACAAAAUCUCCACCUUCUACACACAUCGUUAACCCAUCCUCACUCCUCCCCCCCAAUCAAUUCUCAACUUGGAUAAGUGAACGCGUGAAGAGGUCUGAUGAGUGAACGCGAGAAGAGGUGGGAUCAGUGAAGAGGGUCGGAUGAGUGAACGAGUGCAGGAAAAAGUGACGGGUCAGGGCCCGGGGCGCUUGACGCCACUGCGGCGUUGGGUGUUCGUCUCGAACUCCCGAGAGCAGCGACCGGUCGCGCGACUGCAACCGGUUGCCAGAGACGUCCCGCGCACGCAACCCAAGUUACGCAACCCAAGUUGCGCAACCGCUCGCUCGGGUGUGAGCGAGCGGGGCUGCCCUGCGUCCGUCGGGCAGAUUGGCAGGGAGGGCAGCUGACCCGCUGAGAUGGUAUGCCGCGUGCUUUGCCCCCUCAGUGGUUCUUCUUCUUGGAGACUUGGGAACUCCCAACGUUGAUGCCGUUUUGCCAUCGCUCGCUCAUCCGCCGCCAUUCGCUGGGCCGCGUGCCGCUACUGCCGUCGCUGUUGCCGUUUAACUCGACUGCUAACGCGUUAGCUAACGCGCUCGCUAACUCGCUCACUCACUCACUCGCUAACGCGUUCGCUCACUCACUCGCUGACGUGCAGAGCUCGGCUCGCGGUUGGAAGGUUGAGAAUUAAAAUCCCGCUCGGAGAGGUCGGCCUGCUAGCACGGUGGUCUCAUCCAACAUGGCCAUCGUCGUCAUCAUCAUCCCUUCAAUCAGUCACCAUCAGCUUCAUCACCGCAAGCAGUCCUCGUCAUCAUCAUCCUUCCACGACCAAUAAAGUGAACGGCUCACGUUUAUGCGAGUCGCCGGUGACCGGGCAUGGAACAUAAAUUCGCUCCGCUAGAAUCCCCGGCGUGAUCUCGCCGGUAGAGGUGGCCGAGACCCGGAUUGGAGCCCAGGAUUUUGGCAGCAUCCCUGACGGCGGAGUCACUGCGCAGCUUCCUCCACUUGCUGCGUUUCGUUUUGCGUUUUAGUCUAUUCCCGUCGGGGAAAGCGAGCGGCUCCCGUCACUGAGCGGUGAAUCUGUCUCGUGAAACACCCCAAGUGUGUGUGUUGUGUGUGUGUACGCUGAACUUCUUUCGCAGCGUACGUACACAACCGCGCGAAUCGGAGGUGGGGUGGGGGGCGAUGACAACACUUUGCACAAAAAAAGCUGUUUUAAAAGGAAUGAGUUUUCUAUAUUUUAAAAAGUUAAAUCUUAUUCAUCCCAAUUUACAAAAUUCACCUGCAACCAACCACCUCGAUCCGAAUUCACGUACCCCCCCCCCCCGAUUCUUGUGAGCGCUCGCAAGCUAAGCAGGCUUUUCACUGCUUCGCGCUUGGAUGAGCGACCGCCGUGCCUGACGGGUGAUAUAGGCUGCCGCUGCUGCUGUCAGCAGUGCAGCGAAACCAUCAUUGUACUGUACAACAAUGUCUAUGCUCCCCGUCUCCGCUGACCUGCACGGUGGGAUAAACCCCACAAACUAUGGAAUCCCUCGUCCAGGAGUGGAUUGGCCACGGGCUUAUACAUGUACAUAUGCAAGUUAGUAAUUUACGGGCUCCUUUGCCAAUCCACUGCUGGAUGAAGGCCCCCCCCCCCCCCCCAGUGUGUUGGUUGUGGGGUUUGACCAUACUUCACCACGCGGGUUAGCGUGGGGCUGAAGUGUAGAGAUGGGCUGUGUUCUCAGGACCGGUUCAGGUAUCGCCUGCCGUUCAGCGCGGUAGGGCUGGGAGUCGCGGCCAGAAAGUCAGAACCCCGAUGUGUGAUGUACGAGAUGGGACAAAUGCUGUAGCGCAGGGUGACCCGACAGGGCCUCUUGGGUGCGUGUUCGUUAAUAAAUCUCCGCGUGACUCCCCUCGG